AUGAUACUGCCCUCCCUCGCAGCGGCUUUGGCCUUCUCAGCCGUCGUGUACGGCCACCCAGAAACCGAAGAAGAGCGCAGCGCACAAGCCGCAACCCUUCGUCGCAUCGCAGCACAUGCCAAACGAAGCCUCGCAGACUGUGCCGAUUCCCCCGCCGCCAGGGCGCUCAAUGAACGAGCUGUAGCUCGUCGUGCCGCUUGGGCCGAUGAGCUGCGUGUAAAGAGAGGACUCCAGUCUCACGCCGCUCGUCGAGGUCCCAAGGAGCUCGAACAGUACCUUGCUGUUUCGCACAACCACACUUCCGCGGGCCAUGACCUCAACGACCCUCUGGGCGGUCUGUUCGGCUCCAACGCGAGUUGUGUUCUGGUCCCAGAAACCAUCAUUGGUCCGUACUAUGUCGAAGGCGAAUAUUUGCGGACGAAUAUCACGGACGGAGAGACGGGCGUUGCUUCACACGUGGAUAUCCAGUUCAUCGACGUCAACACGUGCGAGGCAGUUCCCGGCCUCGUCGUCGACCUGUGGCACGCCAACGCCACUGGCGUCUAUUCCGGCGUGACGGCAGAACUCCAAGGCGGUUUGAAGACCAACUUCGGCCGCGGGAUUCAGCAGACAGAUGAUGACGGCGUGGUGCAGUUCAGCACAAUCUUCCCGGGCCACUACGUCGGCCGAACCAACCACUUCCAUGUCAUGUCCACUGACAGCGCUACCAUGCUGCCAAACGGGACCUUUGAACAUGGUACCUCUUCGCACAUUGGACAGAUAUACUUCGACCAGGCCCUCAUUACCGAAGUCGAGAAAACCGAGCCGUAUAUGCGGAAUCAGCAACCCGUCACAGACAACCGCCAGGAUAGCUAUACUGGUGACGAAGCAGCCGAGGACUAUGAUUCAAUCAUGAAGUAUGUUUACCUCGGCAGUGAGGUUCAGGACGGCCUUUUGCUUUGGCAGACGAUUGGAAUUGACACUACUGCCAACUACAACAACAAAGUGGAAGUGGCCUCAAAGUGGCACCCCGGAGGUGGCACUGACGAGGGUGGCAGGCAUAAGGACAAGAACGGCCGGCCAGAGGAGAAUGGCAGGCCCAAGGAGGAGAAUGGCAGGCCCAAGGAGAACAAUGGCAGGCCCAAGGAGGAGAAUGGCAGACCCAAGGAGGAGAAUGGCAGGCCCAAGGAGAAGAAUGGCAGACCUGAGAAGGAGGAGAAGGGGUCGUCCAAGGCAAAGAGUACCUAA